AUGGAGAACACCGGAGUCGCGGCUGUAGAAUCGGAUCCAAUCGAUGCCUCAUCAGGCGGUCUUCGUGGUCUAAAACGGGAGUUCUUCGAGUGGCUGCAUUCACCUGUGAACCGAUCACUCCUUCUGUUCAAGUUCUUCUAUUUCCUAUUCUAUGCAGCGUUUGGCUCUCUCUUUCCUCUCCUUUCAAUAUACUUCAAACAAUUGGGGCUCAAUGCCACACAGUGCGGAGCCCUUGGUGGUGUGCGCUCUCUGGUGGAAUGGAUCGGAGCUCCCUUCUGGAGUGGCAUUGCUGAGCGCUGGAAGAAGGGAAAAUUCUUCUUGAUGGCCAGUCUCUUCUGUUGGAUCUGUUUUACGCUCGGUCUGGGGUUUGUGAGACCAAAACCCGAAGGUUGCUUGGUUAGAAUAAACUCAAAAUUCACGGAAGAGAGUGCAAAUGAUUCGGAUUACCGAAACCUCUUCAUCUUUGAGCCCUACCGUCAGGUUCCAAGUGACAGUGUAGAAUCUGUGGAAAUGCAGCGUUACCUGGCUUUGGCCUGGCGUAACCAAAUCGGCCAAUCACCACUGCAUUUGAACAGCGAAAAACUUUCGGACAAGGCCGACAUUGCAAUGCUUACGUUAGAUAAGGCCGGCGUGAGCUCUAGGGUAACAUCUUUCCUGAACAACCCUUAUCACGAUCCACAACACUAUCCAAAGGGAAGCCUACUGAUGCCGUUGUACUCGACCGUUGUGUAUACCCAGUCAAGGAUCAAUCAGGGGAAGGGGACUAAUCUCUACGGACGACAACGAAUGUUUGGUUCAAUCGGUUGGGGUCUGGCCAUGUUCUUUGUCGGCAUUGCCCUGGAUCAGGCACAGAGCUUUCCCGAUCACCCCUGCAUGCGUCCUGGUCACCGUGAAAGGAAUUACAUGGUCUGUUUUGCUGUUUUUACGGUCUUCAUGUCGUGUGCACUGUUGGUGGCGACACAAUUCCACUUUCCUUAUGAUGGGGCAGAGGAGAGUAUGUAUUUCAAGGUGGUGAAGGACAAAGUUGCAAAAACGCUCCUACGCAGAACGACAAAGAGUCGUGGAAAGCUAGUAAAUGUGGACGACGGAGGGGAGGAAUGGCGUGGCGAUGGCCAGGGCUACACGGCCCUUGGGACUGAGCAGAGUGGAACGACUGCAGCGACCACAACUAAUGAGGAUAUCCUCGAGCAACAAUUGGGAAUAAGACUAGACAGAGCUGAGAUCCAUUCUUCGCAGAUGACCGGACUGCCGGAAUCCGACCCCUUCGUGGAGGAUCUGGCAGCGACUGCUCAGACUAAGGUAAGUAAAAACGAAGCUUUUCUUCAAAUUCAUUUGCCUCCCCCUCAUUCACGCAUAUGA